ACAAAGUAAGCCAGCUCAAAGUCCCGUAAGGCAAACGCAACCAACGCGGAUAAUCCGCGCAUGCGCGCUGUCCAAUCCCUCUUUGGACCUACGUCUCCACCGAUAUCAUGGCCAAGCGCACCAAGAAGGUGGGGAUUGUUGGUAAAUACGGCACGCGUUAUGGCGCGUCCCUCAGGAAGAUGGUCAAGAAGAUUGAAAUUAGCCAGCAUGCCAAAUACACCUGCUCCUUCUGUGGCAAGACUAAGAUGAAGAGGAGGGCUGUGGGCAUCUGGCACUGUGGGUCCUGCAUGAAGACCGUGGCUGGAGGAGCCUGGACAUACAACACAACUUCUGCUGUCACAGUCAAAUCUGCCAUCAGAAGACUGAAGGAGCUGAAGGACCAGUAAACUGGUGCAACGAUCACUGGAAGAUUGGGGACUUUUUUCUAGUUUUACUAACCUGGACACUGCAUUAACAUCCUGAAAUAAAGUGGUCUGGAGCAGAA